UGCGCCUCCUCCGUCUUACGCCGGCGAACUCCCGAACGCCCGCGCAAACGACGACGACGGCGCCUACGUAGGCUGGACUUCUCUGUACCCGCCGUCACCAUGCCGCUCGAAGUGGACGGCUCGCACCUCAUCGCUAUCAUUUCCCAGUCUAUCGUGUACGGCAUCUCGCUCCCGUUGUUCGCGACGACUAUCUGGGCGCUAAAGGGGUCCCAGCACGCCUCGCGGAUCUGGUACCCUGCUGCGUUCGCCCUCUUCGCGCUGAGCACGGCGCAUGUCGUCGUGGACUCCAGGAAUACGUACAUCGGCCUCAUUGGCAACGCCGGCGAGGCCAAGGUCUACUUCUCGGACAUCACGAGGGAGAAGGCGAAGAACACGAUAAACCUUCUCGAGACUGCGCUGGCGGACGCAAUCCUGAUCUACCGAUGCUGGGUGCUCUACCGAAAUUGGUGGAUCAUCGCAUUCCCCUGCGUGUGCUGGGUCGGCACCGUCAUCUCCGGCUCUUUCUCCCUAUGGGCCACAAUAAGACUGGCAAGCGUCUCCGUGGAGGACGUGGUCGCGCAGCAAUACUCGAUUGCGUGGAUAACAGCAUUCUACUCUACGACCCUUGCCACCACCUUUAUCUCGACAGGCCUCCUUGCGCGCAAACUCUGGAUCGUCCACUCUUACAACUUCAGCAACUCGAGUUCGUCCACGGACGGCCGCACCUCCGUCUGGCCCAUCCUCCUCGUCGUCGUCGAGUGCGGCGCGCUCUACGCCAUCGCAAACAUUGCCAUGAUCACCGUCUUCACCGUCGCCACCGUGCCCGCGACAUACAUCCUCGUCGAUUUCAUCGGCCAGCUCAUACCGCUCACCUUCUACCUCAUCAUCGUGUGCGCGGCGCUUCAGAGGAUAGAGAAGGGCGUGCGGGGCGGCAGGGCAAGAACGACCACGACGGGCUUCGCCGUCAGUGGCAUGCGUUUCGGCGGGACGACAUCCUACCCGCCACAUUCCGUCGAGAUACAUAUCGACAGAUUAGCGACGGAGGGGACCGGGUCGAGUGCUACGAGGAUAUCUGAGCGCAGUCAGAGAGAUGACUGGGGUGAGAGCGACAAGCCAUAGCCUUAGAGGAUCCAGACUUGCAUCGGUUUAUCGAGCAGUGUUGUACGCAUCGAUAUAUUUAUCCCAUUUAUAUUCCCGCC